AUGGCUUCUUCUCCGCCGGCCUCACCAUCGCCAGCGCAUAAGCUUCAGCGUCCCCUGAGCGCGAUUGCUACUCGUCCUCAACCAAGGAGCAACAGUCGGUUGAGUAUGAACAGCAAGCAAGGCGGCGAGAGCAGAGCCUCGGACGAGGAUAACCGGACAGCUGUCCGCGUCGCUGUCCGAGUACGACCGCAAUUGAGACCGGAAGAUCCUGGAUAUGACUUGAUUCCACAGCGCUUCCAGCGCCCCAUGGUGCACGUCACCUCCAACACGAGCCUGUCCAUCGAUUCCCCCCAGGGCCGCAAGCUCUUCGUCUUCGACCGCGUCUUUGGCCCAGAGGUUGACCAGAGUGGCAUCUGGGACUAUCUCUCUGACAGCAUCAACGCCUUUACUCAGGGAUACAAUGUUUCCCUUCUUGCCUAUGGCCAGUCUGGCGCUGGUAAAUCACAUACCAUGGGCACGUCGAGCCCCGACGCGCAGUCGAAUCCCGAAGAUAUGGGUGUCAUUCCCCGAGCGGCGGCCGCCCUUUUCGAGAAUCUAGACGUACAGAAAGGAGGACCAAAUAGCAAUGGCAGCACGAUGAAGAGCGCGAGUAGCUUCAGGUCGCCCCCCCGUGGAUACGGACAACAGAAUAACCUGGGUGAUCGGAAUUGGGCGAUGACAGCCACGUACGUCGAAAUCUAUAACGAGACGCUCCGAGAUCUCUUGGUUGCAGACGCGACAGGGUUCAGUGACCGAACCUCUGUCGCAAUCCGCGAGGACGUGAAAGGCAACAUCAUUCUCACAGGCCUUCACCAGGUCGAAAUCACUUGUGUCGACGACAUUCUCAACGCCCUCGACUUUGGCUCAUCCAUCCGCCAAACCGAUGCUACUGCCAUCAACGCCAAAUCAUCCCGCUCCCACGCCGUUUUUUCACUCAACCUGGUCCAGCGGAAGAACAAGUAUUCGAAUUCCGAUAAGCGUCACUCGAUGCCUCUGGAGGCCAUGAGCGGCCAAGACAUCUCCGUGACCACCGAUAGCAAGCUGCACUUUGUCGAUUUGGCCGGUAGUGAGAGACUGAAGAACACGGGUGCCCAGGGCGAGCGUGCCAAGGAAGGAAUAUCUAUUAAUGCCGGACUGGCUGCGCUGGGGAAAGUCAUUAGUCAACUUUCGUCGCGAAACUCGGGCGCCCAUGUCUCAUAUCGCGAUUCCAAGCUCACUCGACUUCUCCAGGACUCGCUUGGCGGCAACGCCAUCACCUACAUGAUUGCCUGCGUCACUCCACCGGAAUUUCAUCUCAGCGAGACAUUAAACACCGUUCAGUAUGCUCAGCGAGCUCGCGCCAUCCAGUCGAAGCCUCGAAUUCAGCAGGUCGAAGAGGGAGAUAAGAAUGCCAUUAUUGAGCGACUAAAGGCCGAAGUAGCGUUUUUGCGCGAACAAAUACGCAGCGCCAAUACCGGGCUCGCCGAACAGCCGCGCAGUGCUAAUAGAUCCAGCGAGCGAUCGGAGAGACAGAAUGAACGGGACCUGGAGCUUCAGAAUCAGCUGCUGGAUGCACAAGAGAACUACAACACCCUGAGCCAACGCCAUGCCCAUCUGAUUUCCGAAAUGGCCAAAGCCCAGGAGAGCGAAUCUGAGCACCAUCGCCAGCUCGAUGAGCUCCAGGGAGAGAAUGCAACAGAUCGGCUGAAUCGGUCCAACUCGUUUGCCAAGGCAGUUGAGCAAGUCGUUCUCGAGUAUGAAAAGACUAUCCAGACGCUCGAACAAUCCCUGUCAAGCACCCGCACUACGCUGUCGAACACGGAAACAAAUCUGCUUGAGAAGGAGACCAAGUGUGCCUAUGUCGAGACGAUCAACUCUCAGCUGCAAUCACGCCUUCAAAAGCUCGCGGACCGGGAAUCACACACUGCAAACUAUCUUCACGACCUGGAAACCAAGCUGGAUGGGCACACCAACGGCGAGGAAAAGAAUGCCACCAUCAUCGUUGAACUCCGCAAGGAAAUUUCGCGUAUUCGUGAGAACGAAAGUGCUUCCGAGGAGUAUAUUUCCACACUGGAAGAACGACUUGCUGAGGCGGAUCAAGAUGCCGAGCUCAUGCAGCGAGAGAUUGAACGGCUUGAGCAAGUCAUUGAGAGGCAGAGGAGCUUGGGCAAGUUGGAUGCUCUACUCCACGAGCUUGACCAUGUCGAUGAAUCCAAAGUGCGCGACUUUGAAGGUGAAGCAAGCGAUGAGACGGCAGACCCCAAGGCCCGGGAACACAACGACGAAGAUGCGACACCAACACUCGCCCCUGUCGUAGAAAACGACGAAGACGCCGUCAAUGCUGCGAGACCUCUAUCCAAGGUGGCCGAAGAGCAGUCCAGUGACGAUGUCGCCCAGGAUCAGGCUACUGCGCAGAACAAGUUUGUCUCCGAUAAGCUGGAAUUGGUGACUCGUGAACUAUUUGACCUCCGAACUGAGCAUGAGAAUACUGUCCACGACUACGGUAGGCUGCAUGCCAAGUAUGAAGAGACUAGGAAGAGGCUAUCAGAGCUUCAGGAUACCAUUGACGAGGCUCGCUACCCCAGUCAUGCACGCCAUUCCAUCAUCUCCGUCGAUGCUGCCACUGAGACUCGCCCCGAAUCAUUCCAGUCUGCGACGACAAGCGAGGCAAAGGAUGAUGUCCGAUCUUCGGUCCCUCGAUCCCUGUCGUCCGAACUCUCUUCUGUUAUUGACUCGCCCAUCACAGCGGAUACUACCCAUAUGGAUCUCGAAUCCGAAGACGACACUGCUACCGCCAAGCCCGCAACGUCUGUUGAAGAUCUUACACAGGAACUCCGGAACGAGCGUCUUAUUGCGGAACUCGAGAGACUUAGGGUCUUGGCCGAAGAGAAAGAGGCGGCUGAACAGGAACUAGCUAUGAAAUACGCCCAACUUGAGAUGAAGCACCAUGAAACGCUUGACAUGGUUGAGGAGCUCAAGACAGAAGUCACAAAAGCUAGAACUGUCGAAGCCGGUCCUCGCGUUAUCCGCCGCAAGUCGAGCCAAAACCUUCUAGGCGUGGAUCGCGCUCAACGAUCGAUUGUCUCGCUAAGGAAUCUUGCCGCCGAAAACUUUGAAGGAAAGCCCGAGACCAUGCAGUCAUUCGAACUAAGUCUCAACUCGGCCAUCCAUGAACUUCAGUCUCGUAGCGAGCGGAUCCAGGAGCUCGAGUCAGAUGUUGCAUCAGCUAAGAAGGAGAUGGAGAGCAAAAUGGCCAUCAUCUCAGGCUUGGCGCGUGAACGCUCCAGCUUGAAGGUCUCUCCUGUGGACAUGUCCAUGGUUGCUACUCUACGUGGUCAACUUGAGCAGAGCGAGAGGCAGCUGUCCGACCUGCGUUCGGCGCACGCUGCCCGCGAGCGUGACCUCACAAGCGAGGUCGAGAUCCUCCGCAAAUCAGUGGCAUCCACUCCUACCAGAGAGUUCACGCCAAGUGAUGAAGAAGAGGUUGAUAUUCCUUACAACGAGCGGGUUUCUACGCUACAAGCGGAGCUGGCUGGAUGGGAAAGCAAGCAUCACUCCGCCUUGGUAUCCAUGCGAAGCACGGAGAGGGAGAUGCAAGCCACAAUUCAGCAGUUGGAGGCUCAGGUCGAGGCUGCCAACGUCCAGCUGGCCGAGUCAGAGUCUCUUGUUGCAGCUGGAAGAGAUGCCGAGGAAGCCAAGGAGGAGGUUCGCAAGCAGCAAGGACUCAUUGAGUUCCUACGCGGAGAGAUUGAUGAGUACAAGGCCGUCAUCAGCAGUAACGCUACCAAGGUGACUGAGCUCGAGGCUCUCCAUCGAUCUGCUCGGGCUGCAAUGGAUGACAUGUCCAAGUUGCACAGCGAGGUCACUGCGGAGACGACUGCUCGGCACCAAGAACUGUCUCAUAAGUUGGAACAGUUGAUUGCUAGCCACGAGGAUGCUACAAAGGCGCACCAGGAAGAAAUGGAGGCUCUAAAGGAGAAUCACGCUCAAGAGCUGGCCGAGCUCAAGCACAACGAGCAGACAGGCUACGAGAAGCAGAUGGAGGUGCUUUUGACUGAGCAUUCCGAAGCCAUUCUCAAACUAGAGGAAGAUCUCGCUCAGUCGAGGGACGAGUUGACAAACGUUGCUACCCAGAUCGCUGCUGUCUUUGGUGCAGAGCUGCCCUUGGAGAAGCUAGGUGAGCGGAUUAGGGCUCUCAUCGCCGACCAGAAGAAGAUGGGAGAUCUGACGUCCCAUGUGACGGAGCUUUCCAACAUCAACGAUUCCCUUGUUAAAGACCUCGAGGGUGUCAAGACUAUUAUUGCGGGCAUGUUCCCUGGUAACCCAAACACCACGUCCGGUCCCCUGACGGAUCAGCUCGCCGCAGUCAAGGCCAAGGUGGAAGAUCUUGAUGGCCGCAACAAGAAGAACUCUCGUCUCAUCGAAGAGCUCGAGGAGCAGCUGCAGCACAACUUUGACGAGGUUCAGGUAACCAACAACCGCUUGAGCUCGUUACAGUCUGAGCGUAAUGCUCAGCUUGACGAGGCGCUGACUUCUAGACUGAUGCUCCAGUCUGAGCUGGAAACAGUUCGCGAGGAAUAUGCUACUCUCCAGAUGAAAUACAACGAAAUCGUCAAUGGAGAUGUCAAGCGAUCCAAUUCCAAUUCGACAAUCCGCAAGAGUUCUUCGCACAACUCUCUCCCAUCGCCUCCUCCUUCCGUUCCUCUACCGCCUCUACCCAAUGGUGCCCCCGCAAACGGAGUGCCCAGCUCUCCCACAUCUGCACGCCCACCCAGCAACAACUUCAAUAUUUCCCAAGUUACUGAGGAUCAAGAGGCUCGCAUCAGAUCCAUCGAGAAGCAUCUUACUGCUGAGCGUAAAAUGACAGAGACGUUGGAGCAGGCUCUUGGUGAUUUGGAACAGCAGUCCAAGAAGGUCAAGGCGGACUGCGACGCCUGGAAGAAGCGCGCCCAAGAGCUCGAGGCUGAGCUGAAGGAGGUGAAGGAGCGACAAGAUCAGUCACAGGACAACCGCUACAGCAUGCAAGCAGUGGAAGAGGAGCGGAAGAAGAGACAGGCGGCAGAGGCUGCUCGAAGGCAGCUGGAAGAGAGAAUGCAGGCCAUCAACAAGGGCAAGAAGAAGAAGGGCAGCUUGAAUUGCUUCUAA